GAGCUACUCCUUUUCCACCUGAUGGGAUGAUGCAUUAUAGUUCAUUUUGCUUUUCAAUUAUGUGCACUCUUUUAAAGUAGAGUAUUUCUUUCCUGUGACAGGAGGGUAACAAAAAAACUUAAAAUUGUUCAAGCUUGUCCAUAACAAAAGAAAUGCCCGAAGCAUGAGCAAGUAGCAAAAUGCUCAAACGAGGAGGAGCUUGUUGAACUAUGAUAGGAGAACUAGAUGGUCAUAGAGCUUUCAGUCUUCCAAGGAACUUCCUGGAGCUGCAAUUACUUUAGCACGGUAGGAGAAGCUUUGUCUUUCUGGGAACUAUGGAGAGGCCUUCCAGCAGCAUAUGCCGGGUCAGUGGAGAUCACCAUGCAGGCCUUUUGUGCCACUACCUUCUUCAAAAUGGCUCUGCCCAAUUUGUUCUCCUCAAUGUAUACGAGGGAUGUUAUGCAGGCAUCAGCCGAUACCAUAGCUUCCACGCCGAAACAAAUGCCCAUAUAUGUGCAUCCUGCAAUGGCCUGAUUCUGCUCACUCUUUCAUCGGCAAACACCUUCUCUUACCACAUUUAUGAUCUGUUUGCCAAGCAGUGUGUCUCCCUUCCACAGCCUCAUAUCACAAGGCAAAGCAUCAGUACGGGAUUAGCUUUUAACGGCCAACACUACCAAGUUGUGCGGGUCUUUAGAGUUGAAGCUAAAUCAGUUACUGCAGACUCCCCAUCAGCAUCUUCGGAAGAGGAUUGGCUAGAAAUGGAAGUUUUCUCAUCUGAAACAGGCAUGUGGAAUCACUAUUGUCCCUUAAUCCGUCUACCACCUGAGCUUCCAAAACUCAGCACAGCCCCUCUCUUCGCGAAUGGAGCAAUACACUGGGAAGUUGGUGGAUACUUGCUUACAUGCACUCUCAGCCAGUGCAACUGUAAGCUCACUAGACUUCCGAACCAUUCUCCGAAUUGGACGUGGCACACGAUGACCUUUGGACAGUGCUUGUGGGAAUCUGAAGGUUUGGUACACUAUUGUUACUCUAAUUUCGAAGGAAUCCACACUUGGGCUCUUCUCGAGGGACAAGAUCGCAGCAACUAUCCCAGUUACUCGAAAUGCGAUAUUGCAAGUUUCAAGUGGAAACUAGUCCACACUGUCAAACACGAAACCUUAAUCUCAUGCAACCCAGAUGUUUUCAGGAGAAUUGAAUCACUUGUUCACACUGUCAAACACGAAACCUUAUUCUCAUGCAGGCCAGAUGUUUUCACGGAACUUGAGCAGAACAGGUAUUGCUUUUCGUUGUUGAACUGGAAGCCGUACUCUAUAUAUCCUUGCGGGUAUAGCUCAGUUUUGAAGGUCAUCUACCUGAGGCUUCCCGGUGUUAUCCUUUCCUUCGAUCCAAGUACCCGAAUUUUGAGUGAGAUCUGCACAUUUGAAUGCCCAAACUUGGGCUUCUACAACUGCUCAGUCUUCGUGGUCGACUAUUGUCUUCAGGGGGAGUCUAGGAUGGAAAACGCCGGAUCAUCCAGGGGAAAGGAGGAGCUCGUGCAUCUGCCAUUAGCAGAUUUGAUAUCUACAAAGAAAUGUAAUGAGAGUCGUCAGUGAAACGAGAGUGGGGGAGCUUUUCUCUUUGUUCGCCAAGAGUAUGUUUCGUUUUCUCUGGCUGAAUUGCAGGAUGUUUUGUUAUUGUUCAUUGUUGGUAUUUUGCGUUCUUCAGAGUGUUACCAUCGACAUAUUUUCACUUCACAGGUUGGAUCAACCGUCCUUUAUGUGAUACACCGUUGAAGUUUGUGACAACCUCUACUGGUUUAGGGGGGCUUGGGCCUUCUUGACCUCUGUUUUCGCUCCUACCUUUGGGCUUCUGGCUUCCUAUCCAAGGCUUUAAACUGCUAUCUGGCAUCGAAAGCCAGUUGAAAGCUAACCUGUGAAGGCCAAAACUUGGAGUCGUUCGCUCCUGUUGGCCGGUACUUUGACUUUCGGGUGAAUACUUGUGAAGGGAAAAUUCAACUCUGCCCUUUUGGCCUGCAAUUUCUGGCCACAGAGAAGAGAGGGAUGAGCUUCUUCGAGAGGCCGCCGGCUAACGCCGCGACCACUUGAAAAUCCAUCAACGGCAAUGAAUCAUAGGGCUUCGUUAGUCUACUAGUUAGAGUGAGAGAUUGUGUGGCCCUCCCAUGUCAUUGGCGAGGGUCGCGGUCGCGGGCCCUCGUUGAGGCUCUCGCCUGGGCUGUCGCCGGCGCCCCUAGUUAACUUAAGACCCUAAU